AUGUUGAAAGCUGUUGUGGAUGGAUGCUCACAAGGAGCACUAAUUACGGAGAAUGCCUUUCAAAAAUUAGGCACUCGCGGUGAAAAUGUGCGAGCGGAUGUUGAAGGCGUCGGUGUUUGUGGACAAACAGCGAAGAAAAGCACAUCAAUCACAGUGCAACCGCAUUUUUCUGAUAGUUAUUCGUUACAAACGGAUGUCAUCGUGCUGAAAAAAAUAACGAAUCUCGCAUGUUUCAAAGACAAUCUGGGGAAAUAUGAGCAUUUGCAGAAUUUGUUGUACGCUGACCCCACCGAAAAUGACGAAGGCAAUAUUGAUUUAUUGUUGGGUGUUGCUGAAUUCACGAAAAUCGUUAAAAGUGGCUUGAUCAAAGGCCGCGAAGAUGAACCAAUCGCUAUGAACACGGAAUUGGGAUGGCUCAUUAUGGGUCCGCAAAAUGACAACACACAGCGAACGACGAAAAUAACCGCAUUGAUUUCUAAUGUGGAAAUCGAAAAACGAUUAAAAAACUUUUUUACGGCUGAAAAUAUUGACAGCGAAGACGAAAAUGAAGACGGAAUGACUGCAGAAGAGCAGUAUUGUGAAGAUGUAUUUGUGAAAACAACGAAGAGAGAAGCGGACGGGCGUUUUGUUACAGCAAUUCCAUUUAAAAACGGACAAGAGCCAAAGUUCGGCGACUCAAAAAAAGCAGCGUUAGCGACGUUGUUUCAAUUAGAAAAACGUUUCGAAAAACAUCCAAAAGUGAAGCAACAGUAUGUGGAGGCAAUGACCGAAGCAAUUGCAAGCGGUCAUAUGAAAUUGAUUGAAAAUGUGCCAGAGCAGGCAUAUUAUGUGCCUCACCAUGCAGUUUUGAAACAAAGUUCAACGACACAAUUGCGACCGGUGUACAAUGCAUCGAAAAAAUCGUCAAACGGAUUUUCGCUAAACGAGCAAGUUGCCAUAGGCAAAAUGGAUCAACCUGACAUGUUAACAAUUAUUCUUCGUUGGCGAAAAUUUAAAUUUGGAAUUUUAGCUGACUUAGAAAAAAUGUACAAACAAGUAAAAAUUCCACCAGAGCAAUAUCAUUUGCAGUUGAUAUUGUGGCGCGCAGAGCCAAAUGAAAAAAUAAAAACGUAUGCAAUGACGACUGUAACCUUUGGAGUCGCAACGUCACCGUAUUUGGCAAUUAGAGUGCUAAAAGAAAUUGCAAAAUUAGCCGAAACGGACCGACCGAUGGCAGCAGAAGCCAUCAGAAGUGAAUUGCUUAAAUUGAACGUGUUCUUGGAUGAAAAUGAGUUGCUUCGUGUCGGCGGACGAAUUAAGAACAAAGACAUGCCGUUUGAUAUGCGGCAUCCAAUUCUAAUCCCAAAAAAAAGCGAAAUCGCCAAGUUGUUGAUUCGUUAUGUCCAUGCCGACAAUUUUCAUACGGGACCUAAACUCGUAGAAUCAAUAAUGCGAAAGAAAUAUUGGAUCAUAAACGGUCAUUCGACGAUAAAAAAUCAAACGACAAAAUGUGUCAUAUGUCGUAAAUACCGACCAAAAGUAUCACAUCAAAUGAUGGGUGAUUUACCCACGACACGAACAACAGUUGUAAGCAAACCAUUCACCAACACCAUGGUAGAUUUUACAGGCGAAGUGCAUGUAAAAAGUUCGAAUUUGAGAAAUGCUAAAACAACGAAAGCCUACAUAUGCAUUUUUGUUUGUAUGGCCACAAAGGCCAUACACAUAGAAGUAGUAAGCAAUAUGACGGCUGAGGCAUUUAUAGCAGCUCUACGACGUUUCAUCGCGAGAAGAGGUGAAGUAAAAACAAUGAACAGUGACAACGGUACCAAUUUCGUUGCGGCAAAUCGUUUGUUGCAUGAAUUAACGCAAAAAGAAAGGGAAGAGUUCAACGAAGAAGUUGUUAACGAAUUUACGAGCCAAGGCAUUACUUGGAAAUUCUCGCCACCACGAGCGCCACAUUUCAACGGCUUAGUGGAGGCGGGCGUAAAAACAAUAAAAACCCAUUUUAAGAAGGCGUUGGGAGAUAAAAAAUUCACAUUCGAAGAGUUAUCAACGGUUUUAACUCAAAUAGAAGCAGCGGUGAAUUCACGACCACUAAUUCCAAUGUCCUCUGACCCCAAUGAUAACACGAUUUUAACUCCAGCUCAUUUCCUGUUAAAUUCACAUCCGAUGGCAAUCGCGAGUGAAAAUUUGGACGAG